AUGGGAUCAACUUUUUUGGUUGUGCGUGGUGUGACCUUCGAUCUGGAUGACACGCUGUGGUGCGGCAAGACUGUCAUUCGCAAUGCCACUGCUGCUUUCCACUCAUACCUGGAGCGAGAAGUACCACAGCUAGCAAAAAAAUUCCCUCCCGCAGCGUUUGACGCACUACUCGUCCAAUUUCAGCGUACACUACCCGACCAAGCACACGAUUAUACUUUUCUUCGCAAAUAUACACUGCGCCACUGUUUACAUGCUUGCGGUGCUCAAACUUUGUGUUUGCAGAAUCAAACGCAGCUUGAGGCAUUUAUAGACUCCGCAUUUCAAGCAUUUUUAGUACCUCGUAGCCAACCAGAGCUUUUUGACGGCGUUGAAAAUUUGUUUCAAGGCUUGAAAUCAGAAAUUCGGCGUUCUAGUGACAUCGAUGACACUACUUUUCCUAUUCUGGGAGUCAUCACCAAUGGCAAUUGCGACAUGGAGAAAUUACCGAAAUAUUUUCAUCACCAUGUCGACUUUAUGAUUUCUGCGGAGCUUGUGGGCUGUGCCAAGCCAGAACAAGCAAUUUUUGAUGCGGCAGUAAAUAAGUUCCCGGCCUCGUACCAACGCCAGCACCUCGUCCACGUCGGCGACCAUUAUGAGUGCGACGUGAAAGGAGCUAAACGCGCUGGAUUUAGAACUAUUUGGGUGAAUGUCACGUGGACAAAACCUGAUGUAUUGACGCGAGCCGACUUUAGUGAAGAUGACGCAGAACGAUAUCCAGCUGCGGAUGCUAUUGUGAAAAAUGUGAAUACUGUACUGAUAGUAGUAGAGCACUGGAACUCUUUAGCGAAAAAUUGA